AUGUCGACAACCGCAACACGACAUGUGAAAUCAUCGAACUCUGCUAACAUAUUGAUGUGCAAACAAUGGUGGAAGGUCUGCUGGAUGUAUGGCGACCAGGAGAAGUACUACAGACAAUUAUAUGGAAGGAGAAAAAUCAACAAUCCUACGCACAUGUUCUUUGACGACACGAAACGUCAAGGAGCUCAAAUAACAGAACUAACGGACGAGUUCUUCGAGGACACGUUAUCUAAUGAAAUAGAACCUGCGCCAGACGAACGAACAGAAGUAAAAACAUCUGACAACAAGGAGUGGUUCGGCGCUGAAUCUGAACCUAUCUAUGGUUUUGACAAAACGUGGCAAAAUGACCAAAGACGACAACCAAUACAUAAUUAUGAUGAUUUGAAUGAAUUCCUCGGUUCAAGUCUUAGUAGUGAUAGUAUUAAGAACAUGCUAAGCAAUGGUCUACCGUCUGAUCCUAAAAAUGAAUUGCUGGAUUCAAACGAAGUUGUGCAUAAAAAUGGUGAUGUGUUUGGAAAGACUUCGAAAACAGUUUGUAAGACUAAAAAAGGCGCAGUGGUCACCGAAGAGACGGAUAUAUCUAGUGAUGGCAAAACAAUGGCUAGCUUAAGGUUUCAGCGGUCGACUGUGAAAACUGGGCCGAAUAAAGUGAAAGAAGUCUUGCAACCUUUAAAAGAGGAUACAGUGCUGGACGAGUGUUCGAGGAAAAAGUGCAUCGGGGACAAGUUAACUACCACCACGACGACGCUGGUGACGGUCACGCAGACAAUGGUGACGAGUUGUAAUGAACCAGUAUGCCGUAACUGCGUGGUAUCACCGACUGGUUCAUCGCCUCCACCGCUUCACGAGCAGCAAUCAUCACCACCGCCACCAGCGCCUGCUUCGCCACUGCCACACCUACCAUCACCUCAGCCUAGCCACAGUGGCUCCUCAAUACCUAGUACCUCUAACUCUCCGCAUCCUUACUCCUACCCGAAUUUCCGGAGAAGUCAGCCAUACCAGGAGUUUAACCUCUUACAUAGUCAUAGUGUAUCACAAUUGAAUCACCCUGGUCAGAGUUACCAUUCCCCCCAAUCACCUCAAUCGGCCAUGUCCUUGUCACCACACCCAGUGCCCCAAGGAAAAUUACGGGGUCUACUGGAACACGCAGAGAGACUGAUGAAACCUGGAGAUCCUCACAGGCAUUCGCAAAGUGAUGACGAUUCAGGCUGCGCACUGGAGGAGUACACGUGGGUGCCACCUGGCCUGAGACCAGAACAGGUCCAUCUCUACUUCUCAGCGUUGCCAGAAGACAAGGUCCCUUAUGUGAACAGCGUCGGCGAGCGGUACCGUCUCAAGCAGCUGUUGCAACAGUUACCUCCACAGGACAAUGAGGUCCGCUACUGCCACGCAUUGUCUGAUGAAGAACGCAAGGAGCUCAGGUUAUUCAGCGCCCAGAGGAAACGGGAAGCCCUUGGCAGAGGACAAGCACGACAGCUGCAUGCGCCUGCGCCUUGCGAUAGGUGUGAAGAGACUAUGUCUACGGGAGACAUGUGUGUGUCGGCGGCGAGAGCUGGCCCGUCCGCGAGGUGGCACCCAGCAUGCUUCGCUUGCAGCACCUGUCAGGAACUUCUCGUAGACCUGGUCUACUUCUGGAAAGAAGGUCGCCUCUAUUGUGGACGACAUCACGCUGAGACCUUGAAACCGCGAUGUUCUGCUUGUGAUGAGAUUAUCCUUGCCGACGAAUGCACGGAAGCGGAAGGAAGAGCGUGGCAUAUGAAACAUUUCGCUUGCGCUGAAUGUUCACGACAACUGGGCGGACAACGAUACAUCAUGAGAGAGGCGAGGCCUUAUUGCUUGCCGUGCUUCGAUAAUUGCUUCGCGGAAUACUGUGAUGCCUGCGGUGAACCCAUCGGCGUCGACCAGGGUCAGAUGUCCCAUGAAGGUCAGCACUGGCACGCCACGGAACGAUGCUUCGCUUGCCACACGUGUCGGGCCAGUUUACUAGGCCGGCCAUUUUUACCACGUAAAGGUGCCAUCUUCUGCUCUAUAGCGUGUUCUAAAGGAGAACCGCCAACACCAUCAGAUUCAUCGGGACCAGGACCUCGUCCACCUAGAGUACCGAGACCGAGAAGAAUACCUUCCCCGAAGUCCCCUACAAGGUCUCCCCAACGAGGGCCUUCGCCUCAUAUAGAUGCAGAUUCUGAGCCGAGCGGGUCUCUUGCUCCGGAAUCGCCACCACCUCACCCACCGCCACCACCACACGCUUGCCUUAGCUUAGAUAGAGCGUUAGCGGACUUAAGGUUAGAACAAUCUAUAACUGAACACCAAAUACAACCUACACCAACUUCUGAGGAAACGAAAGAUUCUCCAGAUUCACAUUGGAAACCUCCACAUCCAGUGGAAGCGCAGACUGUAGUAACACCGGGGCAUUCUACGUCUAUGCCCGAGUUAACACUUGUAGACGGGAAGAGCUCUCAAAGAAAACCAAGAGGUGGAAGAACAGUUAGGUUUUGUGGUGAUGACAAUGAAGCUUUCGAACCAGAUGAGCCAGUUCGGAAAGAAAAGGCUAAAGAUGAAGAUGCCAGUAGCUACUGUAGUACUUGUUCCUCGUCGUCGUCUUCGACGGAAUCUUACACAUUGCCUACGAGAAGAGCUUAUGGAGGAGUCAGGAUAUCGUAUGUACCAAACGACGCUGUGGCGUGUGCGAAGCGAGAAAGACAAAGAAAAAAUGCCCAGCACGAUAAGAACUGCAUUAUUUCGUGAUCCUGGCUUCUAAUUGUGCCUCCACAAUCCUCCUAGUGACAGCAACCUCCGAGCGAAAGACUGAAUUUUUGAUAGUUUUUGUAGCCCCUACACGCCAUAGUAUUAUAAUAGCAUAUGUAAGAAAAUGUCUUCCUUGGAUACAGAGUGUGAACAAAUAACGUAUAAGCAGCUGAUGGCACCGCCCGACCUCGUGUCACCAAUAAUGUUGUGACACACAGGCGGACGCUAAUGCCAUUUUAUAAAAGGCCCUAAAUAAGGGUUCGGAUAAAUUUGUCUCACUAUAAUUUCACACUUAAUCCGUCGAUGGAUGUCACGUAUUCACCGACACGCACCUUUCCUUUUGACGCAUCGAGAACUAUUUCGUUGUUUUUUUGCAAACAUUCAAUAUUUUGCAAAGGGGUUUAAUAUUACGACCUUGGUGGUCGAGAGAAUCAGCUUUAAUAUACCGAAAAUAUAUAUAUAAAGCUUGUUAAAUUAAUUGACAUAUCUAUGCUUAUACGUAUUAUCAUAUCGUGUUUGAAAAACUUUUUAUUUAGGACAUAUCCCACUUUGCCACGUAGCCGUAAGUGUAAGUAAAAAGAAUAGCGUAACUUAAAGAGAUCAGUACAAAAUUCCCUAGCAUUCAUACAUUUUUGUAUGAAAAUGUGUGUUCAAUUUGUACAUAUUGUAUAAGAUUAGGUUAUAUGAUUGCCUUACGUGCAAACCGAGUUAUUUUAUUGUAAAACACCAGCUGUACGACAUCGUUGAGAUGAAGUAAGAUGUUGAAUUAUUAAUAGUUCUCAACAGAACCGGUUUUUAUAGAAAUUGUUUCGACUUUGUGUAGUUCAGUCGUAUUUAUAUCCUAUCAACGUACGAUAUGACGAUUUCAUAUUUAUGUAUUUAUUUUAUGGACCCUAACGAAUGAUCGGUUUAAACUUUAAAAUAAUCUAAUAACUAAACAUUGAUCAUAUAAAACG